CGCGGAAGUUACAUAUCCGUGUCCAUGUCCAUUAACUUGCACUUUGUCUGCUGUAAUUACACGUGUCCACAAGCCGGACAUAUAUAGUUAUCCGGAAACACUAUCAGUCCGCGUUUGAGGCAAGCAUGUCAGCCAGUGAACAUGUGUUUCGGGCCGUGGAGACGCCGCUGUUCUGGCUCGGUGCUGUGACCGCGGCCUGGCUGUCGGUGUGUUCCGUGUAUCGAUUGUUGGCCGGGAUUAAGGUGUGGGUGCUGGGCAACGGGCGGCUGGUAUCACCCGCUAAACUUGGGAAAUGGGCAGUUGUGACUGGAGCAACAGAUGGGAUCGGCAAAGCCUAUGCAGAGGAGUUGGCCCGCAGGGGCUUUGCCAUUGUGCUAAUUAGUCGCUCUCAAGAGAAGCUGGAUGAAGUAUCCAAAGCAAUUGAGAGCAAAUAUGGUGUGGAGACAAAAACUAUUACAGCAGACUUCAGUUCAGUCAACAUUUAUUCUCAGAUUGAAGAUGCACUUGCAGGGCUGGAGAUCGGGGUGUUAGUGAACAACGUUGGGAUAUCCUAUUCUUACCCAGAAUUCUUCCUCAGCGUCCCCAAUCUGGAUACUUUCAUUGACACGCUGGUGAAUGUCAACAUAACAUCAGUGUGCCAGAUGACAAGACUCGUUUUGCCUCAAAUGGCUGAGAGAAAGAAGGGCGCUAUUCUCAACAUCUCUUCAGCCAGUGGGAUGUACCCCGUUCCUCUGCUCACCGUCUACUCUGCAUCAAAGGCAUUUGUGGACUUCUUUUCACGAGGGUUGCAAGCUGAGUACAAGAGCAAAGGGAUCAUCAUCCAGAGCGUUCUGCCAUUUUUCGUUGCAACGAAGCUGAGUAAAAUCCGGAGGGCCACGCUGGAUACGCCGAGUCCGGAGCGCUACGUUGCCGCCGAGCUCAACACUGUGGGCCUCCAGGCGCAAACCAACGGUUACCUGCCUCAUGCUCUCAUGGGCUGGGCGAGUACAGCUCUGCUCCCUGCCAGCAUUCUCAGCAGACACGUGAUGGGAGUGACUUUGUCCCAGCGUGCCCGUUACCUCAAGAAGCAGAAGCAGGGCUAGCUCGGCGGCCGGCGGCUGGGAGCGUACCAGCUGUGCUCAUGACUACCAUCAUCAUCAUCAUCAUCAUCAUGAGCGUGGCCCAAGAAGAGGAAAAGCUGACAGUUGCUGGGGGAGCAAAUCACUUCCCCUGCCCUCAGAAAGUACAAGUCAGAGAUAAUGCACGGCACCGUCUGGCCCCUAUCGCUGUGUGUUAGCCUUUGAGCUUUAAUCAACGGUUUGAGAAUUCACAUUUUCGGCUAUACAGUACUACUAUACAUUGAACGCUCCUAAUAAUGACAGGAUAUAAAGAAACUGAACUUGUAGCUCCAUGAACAAUAAUUCGGAGUAAAAUGUCUUUACGCUGCCAGCAAAGGACUGAACGAUGCUUUCAAAAGUUAACCUGUGGUUGUUGUCCACAACUUAUUUCCCUUGUGAUAAUCAUGUUCUCCUGUUUUUGUGAUGUGUCAGUACUUUUCUACUACUUCCUACCUUUAAAUGUAAUGUUUGAGCCAAGUUUGUGUUCAUCUGAUAAACCAAUGAAAACACACGAGUGACCGAAUUAAGUACAUGCGCACAAUCUAAUGAGGCCUCAUCCAAAUGUAUCCUCUCAGACUGCGCCAGUACAUGCAAUGUUGUGGCUCAUGAGUGCAUUUGUAUACAGCCUGCAGAAUGCGCAGUUGUUGUGUCCUAUUAAAGUAAGCAGCAUCCAAAGACA